AUGAAUCCCUAUCCGAAGCAUUCGGUUCGUUACUGGAUUUUUGUACGGUCCCAAGCCAAGUUUAUCCUCGGCACGGGCUCUAAAAUAAGUGAGGUGAAAGGUUUGUGUCUUAAGUACCUCUCAGCUGGCGGUGCGCUCUCAACUCUACAUCCCAUAUCGCAAUCGCCCAUUGCUGCUACAACACCCGCUCACCCGCCCGCCUCGAUCAGUCCACCAUCCAAUGGACACGACAGCAAUGUUAGUAGCACCGGUGGCGGUGAUCAUAAUAGCGGUACAUUAACACCAGAUCCAGCUUCACAGCCCUCCAACCAUGACAGACCUUGUGCGGCCGGUAGUAGCGGCAGCGCUAGUGGCAGCAUCGACAGUGGUUCCCUCGAGCCGUAUGCCACAUGUCCAACGGCCGGUACAAUGGCGAGCAUACCACAACCGCAACAACACCCGCUUGCCUCGACUGCAGUUUGCUGUGAUAAUGGACGACCUGUAAUGACAGAUCCGAUGACGGGGCAAACGGUUUGUUCGUGUCAAUAUGAUCCAACCCGUUUGGCGUUAAGUAGUUAUGCGCGUAUGCAAUCGGCGGCAGCAGUGGCAGCAUCAGCAGCGGGUGCUCAAACGCCCACUGUCGGCGUAUACGGUACUCCAUAUCCAUCGAACGAACAGAACCCGUAUCCCAGUAUUAGUGUGGACAGUGGACCGUUUUACUCGAGUUUGAGUACGCCUUAUGCUUUGAAAGAUGGCAGCUGCAGCGGAAGUGAAGUCACAACGUGGACUUCGACGGGCUUGCCUCCGACGACCGGCUACUACACCUACGAUCCAACAUUCGGUGCGUAUAGUUAUGGCGCCAGUUAUGAUUUAGCAUCGCGGCGGAAGAAUGCAACGCGUGAGUCCACGGCGACGUUAAAGGCCUGGCUUAGCGAGCACAAGAAGAAUCCGUAC